AUGAAUAGCUCUUUAUACUUUGUAUCAUCUGAAAGACAAUCUUUUUGGAAUAAAAACUUGAAGUCUUUGGUAAAUUACGAUUUUCAUAAAUUGUCAGAAGAUUAAUAAACAAUAGUUUUAUUUAAACAAGGAUAAUUACUUAAGAGAACAACUCCAAGACGAUAUAAGAUUUAUCAUCAACACCUUUUUUAUUUUUAAGUGGUAAGUGUUUUAUAUUUUAUUAGUGAUUUAUUAAAGAAUGGUGAGAUUGGAGGCUUUCUAAUUCUCAAAAAUGUAUAUUGUUCUUUUAGAAACAAAGAAAAUUUAUUAAUAAUCACAUUGUCUCAUGAUCAAUCCCAAUUACAACUUUUUACCAGUAAUAGAACAGAGGAAGUCGACAACUUUAUGAAUGAAUUGAAGUUAAAUUGCAUUUAAGAAUAGAUGUUAAUAAAUUUUUACAAAAUCAAUGAAAAAAUAGGUGAAGGUAUAACCAGUGAAGUAUAAUUAAUUAAUAAUCUAAUUAGGUCUUCCUUGGAAGUAAUUAAAAUAAUUAAAAAUUUGCAAUAAAAAAAGUAGCUAAAGCACCACUUGGACAUAAAAUGAGAGAUAAAUAAGCUAAGAGUCUUGCUGAAGAAAUCUUUAUAAUGAGAAGUCUUGAUUAUCCAAAUAUCCCAAAAUUAUAUGAAGUAUUUGAAAACAAUGGUAUCUUUUUUAAUUAUAAAUAAAUAAGAUUACAUUGAAUUAGUAAUGACACAUUACGAAGGUGGUGAAUUAUAGGAAAAGCUAUUAAAUCUUAAUCUAUCUUAGAAAUAAUAACUAGUUAAAAACUUAUUAGAAACUAUGAAUUAUGUUCACUCCUAAUAAAUUAUGCAUAGAGAUUUGAAACCAUAAAAUAUUAAAUAUAAAAAUAAGGAUCCAACAAAUGUAGAAAUUGCUAUUAUUGAUUUUGGAUUUGCAACAAACUAAAAAUAUUAAGAACAUGUACUUUAUAAUUGUGGUACUCCUGGUUAUGCAGCACCAGAAGUAUAAGAAUAUAAAGAAAAAUAAAAGAUGUAUACAACUUAAUGUGAUGUUUAUAGUUUAGGAAUUAUAAUUUAUGAAAUGUAUCUUUAUUUAUUAUUAUUAUUUAGAUUCUUUGGUGUUCAUCCUUUUAGAAAUUAAAAUCCUGGAAGUCUUACUUUUAAUGAUAAAAUUAAGGUUCCAUAAUCUUUAAAGAAUCUCUUAAUUUAAAUGACUAGAAUCUAACCAAAAUAAAGAUUUACUUUGAAAGAAUGUUUAGAUUAAGAUUUUUUUCGUGAGAAUUUUGAUUCUUAAGGUUUAGAUGGUCUAUCUAAAUAUAGUUUGGUUGAUUCAAUUUAUUAAAAAUCUCUAAAUAUUUCUAGAAAAAACUCUAUUGAACAUUCAAUAAAAUAAGAGAAAAUAAGUAAAUUUGAAUCUGCAAAAAAUAAAACAAAUAAUUCUACUGCAGCAGAAUCUAAAAAUAUAUUGUUAAAAAGUUUAAAUCAAUAUGAUCAAUAAUUUCAAGAUGAUCUCUAAUUUAAUGAAUAUCAUAAUUGUCCAAAUGACUUUAAUAAUUUUCUCUAGAAAAGAAUAUGA